AUGCUACAGAAGCCACCAUUUGUUCAUAGGAAAAGGCGGGAUGCGUUGCUCAUGCAUCCGAUUUUCAAAAAGUUGCUCAUGAAAAAGCUGGUGUCGUCUAGGUGGCCCAGAUGUAAGCUAAGGUUCACUGAGCUUGUACUUCAAGUCCAUGCAUUUCUUUGCACUACCCAGCUCGGUGUGGGAUGGAACGUCUGCUUGCCCCCCUCACCUCAUUGUUUCACAUCACCCAAAUUCGCAAAGGGGUGGAAGUAUAGGAACUCAAAAGCCAUUUUAAAGCUGGACGUUGACUUUGUCAGCCUACAGUCACACGACUGCCCCGUCGUACCUCCCAGCAAUGACAAAAACAACACCGCAUAUGCAUCCAAAACGCCUGCGGCUCGUCGCCAAUAUACCAAUGCCCAACAGUCAAAAGGCGGCCAGAAUAAUGCGUCGCGAAGCCACCGAGGGAGUUUCUACAGUGGAGAGUACGUUUACAAACGAGGAAACGGUGUUGACAUCACAUCGAACUCGCAAGUAACAAAAAUGAAAAUAGUCGACACCACGCAAUACAAGCACGGCUUCAUCAAUGUUACCUUGCCUGAUGGGAAGAUAACAAAAAUAGACUUCCACUGCAAGGGCGGCAUGUUUCCAGACGAGACAAAUGCUUUGAAUGAUUCAUGCCGCCAGCUGGGGCUCAUGUGGGAAGAUAAUGCAGACAUGGUACGCGAGGUGCGCAACGACAUGAUCAAGGUUGGUAUGGUUUCCAUGUGCGGUGGUUUAAAUGUGAAAGCUCCCACACUUUCAAUGUUUGGGGCAAAAGGACUCGGGGUGGUAAAAAAAAUGAACAUAGAAGCUAGAAACCUCUGCGCCCAAAUGAUGCCUGAACUGCUGGAGGAGAUUUACAUGCGUUCUCCUGCAAAGGUACCCGAUGAAAUCGGUGGCCAGCAAGGUUUGUGCUCGAUUAUGUUCCAGUCACAAAACUUAGAAAAUGAGUCCCACUUCGAUCACAGCGACUUGUCAAGAUGCUUUGCCAUCUGGACAUCGGCGGAUGGGAAGGACCACGACGGUUGGUACCUCGUCUUUCCGAAUAUACGCUACUCCGAGUCGUCUCCCGGCGUCACCUACGAUGGCCUAAGUAAUCGGUACGUCUGUACUUUGUUUUUUAUACGUGUAUAG